UAUAAUUCAUCUGACAUCUAUUUGUAUACAAUAGCAGUUCAAAUACAUCCGUAACCCGCGAAAAUAUCAAAAACCAGUAUUUCUUAGUUUGAAUUUUCCAAACAAUGUUUGCUUUCAUUCAUAAUAAGUUUGUUCAUUUUAUAAUAUCAUAAAGAUGAAGUUUCGUGCUGUAAUGGUAGACCCGGGUCCCAUGCGAGAGCUAACGCAUAUAGUGAACACAAUAUCCAAAUUAUCGAAGGAAUGUGUUUUAAGAUUGUCCGAUGAAAAAAUAUUUUUCAUUGUGAGUGAAGAUAAUUCAGGGCCAACGCCUCCGGUUUUGUGGUGUGAAAUAUCACAAUCUAAUUUCUUUUCCGAAUACCAAAUGAUAGGUAUCGAUGAAGAUCAUAAAGAUAUAUAUCUGGGAGUCGUUUCCGCAAGCUUCGCCAAGUCAUUGGUGACAUUAAAGACGGCGAAAAUGUUGAAAAUAAAACUCACCAAGAAACAGUGUCCCUGUUUAACUCUUGACAUUGAAAUGCCAUCAUCUAUAUCACAACAGACAAGGCAAGUGUCUCAUGAUAUACCUGUUGUAGUUGUUCCGAGGAAGCUUUGGGGAGAGUUUAACGAGCCAAAGAUACCUCAACCCGAUAUAUCAAUAGAAUUACCACCAUUGAAACAACUACGAAAUACAAUUGACAGAAUGAAGUCGAUGUCUUCAGAAAUAAUUAUAUCAGCCUCUGCAGAGGGUAGACUGACAUUACAGAUCAAAACCGACACAGCCAAGGUGUCCACUCGGUUUAGAGGACUGAAUGUUGAGAGCUUUGAAGGUCCCAUAGAUCACUCGGACUCGGAGACAGAGAGUCAGACGUGUGAGGACGUUUCCAAGAUAUGUUCAUGUAGAAUCGACGCUAAGAAAUUUUCGAUGUUUCUAAACGCUGAACAAAUAUCACACAACAGAACGUUAUGCCACAUCAUACACAAGCGACUGGUCGUGCUCCACCUUCACACUAAAGAGAAUGUUAAUUUUCAGUGUUUUAUUAUGGGUAUUGUAUAUUAAUAGGCGUCGAGAAUUACUUGUUUCAUGUUUAUCAUUGUAAAUUAGUAUAUUUCGAGAGAUACAGCUUUCUUUUUUUUAUUAUAUGGCCUUCAUCCGUGCGAAGACCCGCACGUAUACUCUGCCAGUGUCACGUAGGGUGGAGGAGAUGCGAGAGAUGCAGCUUUGUCUAUACUUUUCUUGUUGUAUGCAGAGUUCAGUCUGUGUAACAGUGACAUUGGUUAAGACAUCAAUAAUAACAUCUGUAUAGGUCAAUAGUAUGACAGAUUUAUCAGAAUGUGUGAUGUCUACCCGACAGAAUAUGUAUGAUGAGAUCUAAGAUAUUCGCGAGUUUUAUUCAUUUAAAUGAAACUAGUAUUUUUCGGAUAAUUUUUGUAAAAAACUGCAGGUGUCACCUCGCCUGCCCGUGAUCGCGGUUGCUGAAAAGUAACCGAAACGUCGGGAGUAUGUAGUUUUUUACAAAAAUAUAUCACGCGUAGUUUCUCCGAAAAAUAUUAGUUUCAUUUAAAAGAAUAUGCAUAUGUCAAUAAAUUUAGUAACAUUCAUAUUCGUAUGGCUAUCAAUCAAAGUUGUAUGAUACAGCAUUAAUGUGUAAAUAAACUAAGAGGAGUGAUGUAAGGAUCAUUUCUGUGAAUAAUUCCUCGUUAUCUAAAUUCCAAAAACUUUUGUCUUAUCACAACUCCCUCAUAUAUAAGUAUAGUAUUAUAAGUUUUCCAUUCAUAAAUUAUUGAAUGAGAAAGGGUCAAAAUUCAUGUAAAGUGCAACAGUGCAAAGUGAAAGUAAGCAUAAGAUUUCAGCCUACAGUCGCUAGAUGUCGCUGUUUCUCAUCACGUGACCCAACUACUCCCUCAUUCAAAAAUAGAGUUA